UGCAAGCAAGUUGUAGGAAAAACUGUAGGAAAUGAUAAAAUAACAUGGAAUAUUAGAAUAGCAAAAAUAAGGAAAGGCUACAGCAUUUUAGUAUUUCUUCUCCCUUCCCUCUGUCCUUGUUCUUGGAGUUGUUGUCCCGAGAAGCUAAAAAGGCCCCGCCUUUUGGCUCGUUCUUACCUACUCCAAGAAAGCUAGGGAGAGGGAUGGCGCGCACCGAGAAGGUUGCUGGCGAUGGCUGCUCCGGUGGCGAAGGCCAGGUGGAGGUGGAGGUCGGGUUGGGGGUGGACGGCAAGGGGGUCAUAGAGUGUCGGAUAUGCCAGGAGGAGGGGGAGGAGGACGCCAUGGACUCUCCCUGCGCUUGCUCCGGAACACUCAAGUUCGCCCACAGGAAAUGCAUACAGAGAUGGUGCAACAAGAAGGGGAAUAUUACGUGUGAAAUCUGCAACCAGGUUUACUCCCCAAAUUAUGUCCUCCCUCCAACCAAAUGUUGUUCAGGUGAAAUGGACAUGGAUCUUAGGCAAAACUGGGUUGGACGAAUUGAUCCUCAUGAUUCUCAUUUUCUAGCCAUUGCCAUCGCAGAGCAGCAGCUGCUGCAAGCUGAAUUUGAUGAUUGUGUGUCAUCAAAUUCUAGUGGUGUCACAUGCUGCCGAACCAUUGCUUUAAUUUUGAUGUUCCUUUUGCUUGUGCGCCAUGUAAUUGUUAUUGUGAGGGAUGUUAGCAUGCUACAAGAUGCAACAGUGCUGUUCAGUGCAACUCUUCAGUUCGCGGGAUUCUUUCUUCCUUGUUAUGUUAUAGCCCGUUCUUGCUAUGCUUUUCAACACCGGAGGCGAAGACAGUAAAUGGCAGGAGCACUGGCUUUCAAUUAGAAGAAAGAAUAGAAAUAAAGUUUCGGCCCCAAUCCACUGAUCAGGACCUAAGAACCGUUAGCAAUAUCUACAAUAAGCUGGAAGGGAGACAACUACCAAAAAAAUACACUCCCAGAUGGCUUGGUCCUGUUCUAGGCAUUUUCCUCAAUGGUUUGUUGCUGCAGCUCGUCAGGGAAGAAAGCCCUUCUCUCAUCGAUGUCCUCAUUCAUCCUGAAAGCCCUUCUCUCAUCGAUGUCCUCUUUCAUCCUGAAAGCAACUUGUUCUGCAUGUGGUUCUUCACCCUGAAAAAUGCAUAGUGAUUUGCGGCCUAUGGGUAAUGAGUACAUGAACAUCUGCGUGCCUGAAAUGUGACAUAUUGUUCUGUGUAAUGUGUUAAACAUCUUAUAUUCUUAUAUAUGUCAGGGAAUUAAGAAUAUCCGCCAAACUCAAAUCUCAGAAAGCAGGAACCAUCCUAUAUUCGUAAAGUCACGUUUAGCCUUCUAUUGCUUAGAUUUUUCAAGAACGUUCUAUCAGUUAGAUUUAUUCACGUGAAAUUCUUCUCUGAAUUGCUACCUGUAAUCCUCAAUCAAGACAACCCUAUACUGUUCCCAAUAUAAUGUCGGCUGCUGCUUGAAUCCAGUGUUGCUCGGUUGAGCUCCUCUGGUUUAUUUCACCAUGUCGCCCACUGCUAUUCUCCUGGCAUAUUUAUGCAUACAUGUGCAAUUUGUCCGAAAAGAACAGAAUCUAACUUGUCAUAUUGGUUA